AUGUCAUUCACUCUCGAAACCAUCCCAGCCCCCAAUAUCACCUCCUCCAUCCUCUUCCAAUGCGCCACCCUCUUCUCCUCCGCAUACGGCAUCUGGGGCUCUCACGCCGCCCAAAAAGUAGCCAAACACUGCAAACACGGAAACCGCAUCCGGCUGUCCGUCGAGCGUCUCCGGGCGCAAUCCUUGGUCCCAGCCGCUGAUAGCGUACUCGUUCGCGCCAUGCAUGGCGAUGAGCUUGCUGGGUACACGUUUGCUACAAGAUGGAUGUAUGAGGGGAGGAGGAUUUGCUGGGUUACGCAGCUUUGUGUAGGGAGCCAGUGGAGGAGGAGGGGACUUGCGACCGAGUUGCUGCGUCGUUUGCGUGAGGAUGGGGACUACGCUUUUGGCAUUUUGUCGUCGCAUCCAGCUGCUAUUAUGGCAGGGCUGCGUGCAUGGGGCAGGGGAAUCGAGAAUGUCGAUGUGGAUUUGGUGAAGGAACAUGGUGCUGGCAUUAUGGCUGCGUCCCCGGUUCAAUAUGUUAGAGAUGCUAAGCUCAGGGGUAGUUUCUUCGGUAGUGGAGAUGACGAUAGCGCAGUAUGUUGUGCGGAUACAGAUUUUUGGGUUGAUCAUGCUGAACCUUUGGCUACGUUGGCUGAGGUUAAGAGGAGAUUUACUUGGCCAUUUGGACAGCUCCCUGAAGGAUGCGAGUUUUUGGCUCUGAUUCAGGGUGUUUGA